UCACCUCACCUGCCCUGCCCAGUGAGGCAGCUGGCACAGCUGGACUUUGAGCCACUUAUCAAGUGCUGGAGGUGCCGGGAGGGGAGUGGAGGUGCCGGAGGGGUGUGGAGAUGUCGCUUGCAAGGGUGUGAAGGGGCUACACCCAGCUGAGGCACCCCCCUGGCAGAGGCACUGUACUGGGUGCAGCCCCUAAACCCCUCAGGGACACCCAGUGGGUGUUGCCCCACUGGCUGCCAAGCCCUGGGAACACCCCCCCGCUAUUCUAGGGGUGCAUGAAAAGCCCUUUUGUACCUCCUGCCGUGGGCAGGGCUGGGGCUCGCUGCCAGGAUGGUGGCACAUGGUGGCUUCCUGCCCGCCCCGGCCCCGCCGCAGGGCUCGGCGUCACCGCCCUUUGUCCGGCCCCGCGUUAAUGAUCCACCGGCCCCCGGCAGCCGCCCGAGGUGCCGGCGGUGGCAGCAGAGCCGGGGGUGGUCGGCACGGGCGGCUCAGGGGGGCCGGCGGCUCCCUGCCCUGCGCCCCACCCCUCCUCCCCAGCGCCCAGAUAAGGGCGGCCGUGGGCAGCACCCGCUGCGGGGCGCGCCGUGGGCAGAGAGCGGCCGGACCAUGCCCGUGGCCACGGUGAACCUCCGUGCCCUGACCUCCUGGGUGGGCAUCGCCCGCCUCUUCGCCGUCGUGCUGUCCUGCCUCACCUUCAGCUUGGUGGCCUCCACCGGGAGGUUUGGGGCUCCCUACGGGACGUGGUGCAUGUUCACCUGGUGCUUCUGCUUCAUCGUGACACUGCUGGUGCUGCUGCUGGAGCUGCUGGAGCUCUACCCCCUGCUGCCGCUCUCCUGGGAUGACUUCACCUCGGCUUUCUCCAUGCUGGCGACUCUGAUGGUCUUCACCUCCUCGGUGGUCUUCCCUUCCACCUUCAUCAUCAGCCCCUGCAGCAGCAACCUGUGUGCCCGGCAGGCUGUGGCCACCACCGCCUCCUGCCUCUGCUUCCUCGCCUACGCCGUCGAGGUGUCGCUGACCCGCGCCAAGCCAGGGGACAUCAGCAGCUUCCUCUCCACCGUGCCUGGGCUCCUCAAGGUCUUUGAGGCCUAUGUGGCUUGCCUGAUCUUCUCCUUGCUGGAUGAAUACAGUGGGAAGCCCGGCCUGAUGUGGUGUGUGGCUGUCUACUCCAUUUGCUUCAUCUUCACCCUCCUCAUCAUCAUCUUCACCAUCGGCCGCUGCCUCACCUACAUUCCCUGCCCGCUGGAGAAGAUGCUGGUGGGGUACAACUUCCUGGCCCUGCUGAUGUACCUCACUGCCACCGUCCUCUGGCCUCUCUACAGCUUCCAGGGACGGAGCCGCCCCGAUCCCUGCGGCACGAACUGCUGGUGGAACAAGCACCUAGGGGUCACCUUCCUCACCAUCUUCAACCUCCUUGCCUACUUGGUGGACCUGGUCUACUCCACCAAGAUGGUUUUUGUCAGGGCACCUCCCUAAGGGCUCAGGGCGGGGCUGUGGGACGCGGCUGGGUGCCGGUGGUGGCCGGGGCUGCCGGCGGAGCUGAGGAAGAGGCCGGGUGCCUCGGAAAGCUCCUCGUCCCCAAGCUGGAGCAGGGAGUCAGGGAGAGUUCCCAGGGGUGCGCUCAGCCCGGGGCCCCACGGGCUGCACAGACGGGGGGGCUGGAGGGGCCACGAGGGGCUCCCAAAACCUUGGAGCUUGAGGGGGCUUUGGGAUUAAAUUGGGUCAUU